AUGGAACCCAAAUGGUUGUUGUUGAGUGUGUUGUUGUUGUUGUUAGAAGGAUGCAGAUGGUAUAGUACUGAUGCCUGUUGGGAGGAAGAGAGGAUUACUCUCUUGCAACUCAAACCUUUCUUCAAUCCUCACAACGAUCUGAACAGCUGGGUUGAUGAGAUCAAGGGUUCAGAUUGCUGUCAAUGGGAUAGGGUCGAGUGCAACACCUCCUCCUCCUUCUCCUCCAAGCGAGUCAUAGGACUCUCUCUUAAUAAUACAAGAUGGUUCGACGACGAAAGAUGGUAUCUUAAUGCCUCCUUGUUUCUUCCUUUCAAGGAACUGAAGCAUCUUUAUUUGACAGGGAAUAACAUCGCUGGUUUUGUUGAAAGUGAAGGAUUGAAUAAUUUGACAAAUUUGAAGAACUUGGAUUUAAGCAGCAAUAGAAUUGAAAGCUUUCAACCAUCAAAGCAAGGAAAGGAGAUGCAACUAAGGAUGACCAAUUUGGAGGUUCUUGAUUUAAGUAGUAAUCUCUUCAAGAACGACACUUUUGCAUUCCUUUCUGGCCUUCCAAGUCUAAAGUCCCUGAAUAUGGGGGACAACCAAUUGCAAGGUUCAAUAGAUAUUGAAGGAUUGAAUAAUUUGACAAAUUUGAAGAACUUGGAUUUAAGCAGCAAUAGAAUUGAAAGCUUUCAACCAUCAAAGCAAGGAAAGGAGAUGCAACUAAGGAUGACCAAUUUGGAGGUUCUUGAUUUAAGUAGUAAUCUUUUCAAGAACGACACUUUUGCAUUCCUUUCUGGCCUUCCAAGUCUAAAGUCCCUGAAUAUGGGGGACAACCAAUUGAAAGGCUCAAUAGAUAUUGAAGGAUUGAAUAAUUUGACAAAUUUGAAGAACUUGGAUUUAAGCAGCAAUAGAAUUGAAAGCUUUCAACCAUCAAAGCAAGGAAAGGAGAUGCAACUAAGGAUGACUAAUUUGGAGGUUCUUGAUUUAAGUAGUAAUCUCUUCAAGAACGACACUUUUGCAUUCCUUUCUGGCCUUCCAAGUCUAAAGUCCCUGAAUAUGGGGGACAACCAAUUGAAAGGCUCAAUAGAUAUUGAAGGAUUGAAUAAUUUGACAAAUUUGAAGAACUUGGAUUUAAGCAGCAAUAGAAUUGAAAGCUUUCAACCAUCAAAGCAAGGAAAGGAGAUGCAACUAAGGAUGACUAAUUUGGAGGUUCUUGAUUUAAGUAGUAAUCUCUUCAAGAACGACACUUUUGCAUUCCUUUCUGGCCUUCCAAGUCUAAAGUCCCUGAGUAUGAGGGACAACCAAUUGCAAGGCUCAAUAGAUAUUGACGGAUUGAAUAAUUUGACAAAUUUGAAGAACUUGGAUUUAAGCAGCAAUAGAAUUGAAAGCUUUCAACCAUCAAAGCAAGGAAAGGAGAUGCAACUAAGGAUGACCAAUUUGGAGGUUCUUGAUUUAAGUAGUAAUCUCUUCAAGAACGAUACUUUUGCAUUCCUUUCUGGCCUUCCAAGUCUAAAGUCCCUGAAUAUGGGGGACAACCAAUUGCAAGGCUCAAUAGAUAUUGAAGAUAGUGGGAGACAGCUGAACUUAACCCAUUUAGAAGAAUUUGAUUUGAGUGGUAAUCUCAUUAAGGACAGCAUAUUUGCAUUACUUAGCGGGCUUUCAAAUUUGAAGUAUUUGGAUAUAAGCUCCAAUCAGUUAAAUGGAUCAAUAGAUAUGAAAGACUUGGGUGCUUUUAUCAACUUAGAGGAACUAGAUAUGAGCUCUAAUGAUCUGAAUGAAUUUGUGGCCUGUAAAGAGUAUAAGAGUUUGAAAAAGUUAGAAGUCCUUUGCCUAAAUGGGGUUUUCACCAAUGGAAGCAUUCCAUUAUUACUCAAAUUAGUAGAGGCAUUCCCAUCAGUUAAGAGCUUCUAUCUACGAGAGAAUUGCUUAAACAAGACUAUGGUUACUCAAGAUCAAGAAUUGCAUGUAUGGAACAAUGUGGAGAAAAUAUUUUUGGACAAGUCCUAUCUGGACAACAACGUUUUGCAAAGCAUUGGAGUAUUCACUUCUCUCAAAACUUUGUCUUUACAUAACUGUGGACUUAUUGGUUCCUUACCUAAUCAAGGUUGGUGUGAUCUAAGGAAGCUUGAAACGUUGGAUAUCAGUUGGAAUGCACUUGAGGGGAUACUUCCUUACUGUUUGGGUAAUUUGACAUCUCUUAUUGAGUUAGAUAUCUCCUACAAUCAAUUUACUGGAAGUUUGACGCCUUUAGCAAAUCUUUCAUCACUUAGAUUCAUCUCCUUUUCAACAAAUCACUUUCAAAUUUCAAUGCCAUUCUUGUCACUUGCAAACCUUCCAAAUCUCAAGAUUCUCUUGGGUGAUGAAAACAAGAUGAUAAUGGAACCUAAUCCCUUUCAUGCUUCAAUUCCGAAGUUCCAACUAAAUAUCAUCAGUUUGUCAAACUGUACAACAGAUAAAGGACUUAGUCUACAACCUCCUAAUUUCCUUUAUUACCAAUAUGACUUGAUAUAUGUUGAUCUUUCCCAUAACAAUUUUAGUGGAACAGUCCCAUUAUGGUUGUCAGAAAACAACAAAAAAUUAGGAAAUCUCCUCUUGUUGGGUAAUUCUUUCACUGGUCUUCUCUUGUUAUCACAGUUUCUUAAUCCUCAUAUGUCUUUAAUUGACAUAUCUAAUAACAAAUUACAAGGUCAAAUUCCAACAAAUAUAUGUUCAACUUUUCCAAAUUUGGAAUUCUUAUUCUUAUCUAAGAAUGCCAUUAAAGGUAAUAUCCCUCCUUGCUUAGGUGGCAUGAACACUUUAUCAGUUUUAGACCUAUCGGACAAUCAUUUGUCUGGAAGAGUACCAGAAGAGUUGAUCAUGAGAAGCUCAUUAGGUAUUCUUAGGCUAUCAAAUAACAAUCUAAGUGGAAUGAUUGUUCCUAUGAUGUUCAACACGAGCAAGUUGUCAAAUUUGUAUUUGGAUGGUAAUAACUUUGCUGGAGAGAUUCUGGAUAUUGAUGUUUCUGCUACUGAUUUUUCACAUUCAUCACUAGAGGAAAUUGAUCUCAGUAAUAACAGUUUUAAUGGAAAGCUCCCAAGAUGGAUAGGGAAUGUAUCGUAUUUGAAGAGAUUGGCUUUGUCCAACAAUCAUUUUAAAGGUUCUAUUCCAAUGGAUUUGUGCAACUUGUAUAAGCUUGAAUUUUUAGAGCUUUCUCAAAACAAUUUAUCCGGCUCUAUUCCUUCUUGUUUCAAUACACCAUAUUUGAGACAUGUCCACUUGAAGAGAAACAAACUAAGGGGUCUAUUGCCACUUGCUUUUAACAGUUCUUCAUUAGUGACAUUAGAUCUUAGAGGGAAUAAUUUAACCGGUAAUAUUCCAAAAUGGAUUAGCACACUUUCUGCUUUAAGCGUCCUUCUUUUGAAAGAUAAUCAUCUAGACGGUGGAAUUCCAGUUCAAUUAUGCAAGUUGUAUUCAUUGAGCAUCGUAGAUCUUUCUGGAAAUAUGUUUUCUGGUCCUAUACCUUCUUUUUUGGGUAAUUUAACUCUGGCAAUGAACAAGGAAAAGUCUUUUGUAGAUAACUCUUGGUAUAUAGGAUAUACACUGAAGGAUCUAUCUAUUUCAAUUAAUUCACUUGGUUAUCCCAAAAGCUACAUGGUAGAAGAGAUAGAGUUUACAACAAAGAGUAUGUCCUACACAUAUGGUGGUGACAUUCUUGAGUAUAUGUCUGGGAUUGAUUUAUCUUGCAACAAGUUAACUGGGCAAAUCCCACUCGAAUUGGGAAACUUGAGUGAAAUCCAUUCGUUAAACUUAUCACACAAUAACUUGAUCGGAGUCAUACCCUCAUCAUUUUCAAAGCUUAAGCAAAUCGAGAGUUUGGACCUUUCUUAUAACAACUUGACUGGUAGAAUCCCUGUACAGCUGGUUGAGUUGAACUUUCUAGAGGUUUUCAGCGUGGCACACAACAACUUGUCAGGUAAUAUUCCAAAACCAAAAGCUCAGUUUGGGACCUUUGAUGAAAGGAGUUACGAAGGAAACCCUCUUCUCUGUGGAGCUCCAUUGCAAAAUAACUGCUCUAAAACUGAGUCACCAUCAACAGCACCAACUACAGCAGACGAUGAAGGAGAAGGAAUUUCUGUUGUUCUAUACAUAAAUCCAUAUUGGCGACAAGCAUGGUUUUCUUUCAUUGAGAGUUGCAUCACUACCUAUCGCUACUCAAUUCAAAAAAUGAUAAAUAUUUAUGGAAGAGAUAUCAGUGCGGUGAUGUUCUUAGAGACUGCGAGGGGAAUAUUAAAGGGAGCUCUAGUUUUGGAACCAGAUUCAAAAGUAGCAGUGAGUUUGAUAUUUGCGGAAAUUGAUAGGCUACUGGAAAUCAUAGGAGAGGUUAAGUUUGUACACAUUUUUAAAGAAGCCAAUUACUUUGCUGAUUCAUUGGCAAGGAAGGGGGGUGUAAAGACUGUUUCUGAUCAAUAA